AAACCUCGUGUGAUGAUACAGCUGUUGGAAUUGUAAAUAGUGAUAAAAAAAUUUUAGGUGAAGCAAUACAUCAUCAACAUGAAAUACAUGAACCUUCUGGUGGGAUUGUACCAAAUUUAGCAAUGGUGAACCAUCAAACAUAUUUGCCUUCUAUAAUUUGUAAAGCUUUAGAUAAUGCUUCAUUGGAUAUGGUAAAAGAUAUAGAUGUUGUUGCUGUUACUCGGGGGCCUGGACUUCCUGGUUGUUUGGGAAUUGGUUUAAGUGCUGCAAAAACUUUGGCUGCUGUAUUAGG